UUUUGAAACGAGCUCUUUCAAAAUGAAUAAGUUUCGCAUAUUAUUAUCUAUGCUAAUAAGCUUUUCCAAACAGAAGUGAAAUAAUUGAAUAUAUAAGUCUAUAAAAAGUGAAAAACCCUGCGAAGAAGGGAGUGUCUACUAUGAACAAUUUGGAUAGCUGUGGCCAAGCGUUUUCCAAAUUGGAAAAAGAAACAUCUAAUUUAGCUUUGCUAAGGGAUCGAGUAGAAAAAUAUCAUGAUUUGUCAACUCAAAUGUCCAGUAUCUUAACCGUGUUCGAGCAGCGCCUUGGAAAGUUAGAACAGACCAUUCUACCGGUAUACAAGGAGACAGAGCAACUUCAAAAGCGGCAACAGAAUUUGGAUACAACAUUAGGGUGCUUAGAAACUGUUCUCGCACAUUAUGAUGUUUCCCAGGAGGUGUGCAAUCUUGUACAUCAAGGACCAAUAGAGGGAAAUGUUAACGUUUUCCUUGAAGCUCUGGGGAAAUUACGUGCUGCAAUGGACUACUUCCUGCACCAUAACUCCCAGAGUGUUGAAUUGGAAAAUGUUACCAGUCUUUUUAAUACUGGUUGUGAAGGCUUAAAUCAACAUUUCCGAUUGUUACUGAAAAAACAUAGUUCACCUCUAAAACCUGUUGAUUUAUUAGAUCUUAUUUACAUCGAAGAUGAUUCAAGCGAUGAGUAUACGUCGUUCCGGCAACUAUCGCAAGGUACUCGAGAAGAAUUAGGAACUAUUGCCCAUUGGUUGGAGCAAAAUUUGAGGAGGGAGUACACAAUUAUUUAUGCUACAGAAAGAGGUGAAGUCGUGCUGCGUUCUCUCCAAAAUUUGAAAGAUCACCAAAAAAGUAGCAGUUGGGGAAAUGAAGCUUUGUUAUUAUUACCUUUACAGAAACCACGUCAUAGUGGACGAUCAGAUGUGAAAAAGAAUACCUCAGCUCGGUUACAACAAAUUUUUGAGCGGAAAGCAAACAAAUUGUACUUGCGUGCCACCCAGACACUUGAACAAUCAACAGGAAUAUCUAUAAAAAAGGCAUCAACCCAUUCGGAACACUUGUCUGCCGAGGAGUUUGUGGAUGGAGAUCAAGAGCUGGAUAAGUACCUCGUCAUGCUUUUGGGGCUACAGCGACUUCUUAAUUGGGAGCGCGCAUUAAUGACAGAAAUCGUGCCUACCUCCAAACACGGAGAAGUUUUCUCAAAAUUGGCUUACAAUUCUAUUGAACUCGUGGUAAAAGAUGCUGAAGCUAUUACAAACCGUAUUAUGCGUUGUAUAUCACGAAAAGAAUGGACAUCUGCAUUAGGAAUAUUUUCGGCACUUAAACGAGUCAUUUUGCUUCAACCAGACAUUGAACGUACCUAUGACUCACAACAAAGAGAACAACUUACGAAGGUGCUAAAUAAACUUCAGGCAACGGGCGCGAAAGCACUGGAACAUUUCCUCGAAGUAGUGAAAGGUGAAUCUGGUACAAAUAUUGUUGGCAUGAGCUCAAGUACACUCGGUUAUGGCUAUGUUAAUGUCCCUAAGGACGCAACGGUGCACGAGCUGACCUCCAAUACAAUUUGGUUUAUAGAACAUCUAUAUGAUCAUUACGAUGUCAUCGGCUCUAUUUUGCACCAAGAUGUUCUUUACAGUACACAACUGGAUACAAUACUCAUGAAAAAAGCUCUCCCCGGUGAAGAGCGCAAUAAAGCAUUGCUAGCAAUUUAUAUCAAAAAAGCUUUAGCGGAACUUAAUCUUUCCAUAAUGAAUAAAUGCGAACAGUACAACGAUCAGGCUACCAAACAUCUCUUUCGCUUAAACAAUAUUCAUUAUAUACUAAAAUCUUUACAACAAUCAAAUCUAAUCGACUUGGUUACUCUCGCUGAGCCAGAAUGUGAACAAUGUUAUUUAGACAUGAUUCGCGAAUUAAAAUUUUCUUAUCAAAAGACGUGGUCCAAAAUGCUAGUAAGCAUAGGAGUAGAUGAAUUGCCACGACCGUCUCAUGGUAAAGUCAAAGACAAAGAUCGUAGCAUAUUAAAAGAACGAUUUUCGACUUUCAACAAGGAUUUCGAAGAGGCAUGCAAAAUGCAACGUGGUAUUUCCAUUCCAGAUGUGAUUUUGCGGGAAGGUAUAAAACGCGACAACGUGGAGCACAUACUUCCAAAAUAUAAUAGAUUUUAUGAAAUGUACGCAUCGGUGCAGUUCAGUAAAAAUCCCGAUAAAUAUGUAAAAUAUCGGCCGCAUGAAAUUAAUCAAAUGCUAAGCAAACUCUUUGAUGAUUCCGCUUAAGUUUCAGCCACUCAUUCCUUUAUACCCAUACGUCCAUAUAUAGUAACAUAAUUGUUUAUUUUUUUGUUAUCAAAAUAUGCAUAUAAAAAGUCUAACAAAAUACAAA